UGCAGGGAGAAGCCGGACACCAUGAUCCUAACACAAAUCGAAGCCAAGGAAGCAUGUGAUUGGCUACGAGCAACUGGUUUCCCCCAGUAUGCACAGCUUUAUGAAGAUCUCCUGUUCCCUAUUGACAUUACGUUGGUCAAGAGAGAGCAUGAUUUUUUGGACAGAGAUGCCAUUGAGGCUCUAUGCAGGCGUCUAAAUACUUUAAAUAAAUGUGCGGUGAUGAAGCUAGAAAUUAGUCCUCAUCGGAAGAGAAGCGAGGAUUCAGACGAGGAUGAGCCUUGUGCAAUAAGUGGAAAAUGGACUUUCCAGAGGGACAGUAAGAGGUGGUCCCGACUUGAAGAGUUUGAUGUCUUUUCUCCAAAGCAGGACCCAGUUCCUGGGUCCCCAGAUGAGUCCCACCUACAAAUGGCCAUGAGCCAUGAAAGCAUGUUGAGGGACCUCAGCGAGCACCAGGAGGUGUCUUCCAUCCUCAGCCUCAGCAGCACCAGCAGCCUCCCCACGCACACGCCCCACUGCGGGGACGCUGCCACACCCCGGACUAGCUCCAGCAUUAGCGUCUGCUCCUCUGGCAACUUGGUGGGCAAUGAUGACUCUUUCUGCAGCCUGCCCUCUCCCAAGGAACUGUCCAGCUUCAGCUUUAGCAUGAAAGGCCAUGAGAAAAACGCCAAGUCCAAGACACGCAGUCUGCUGAAACGGAUGGAGAGCUUAAAGCUCAAGGGCUCCCACCACAGCAAGCACAAAGCGCCUUCAAAGCUGGGGCUGAUCAUCAGCGGGCCCGUCCUGCAGGAGGGCAUGGACGAGGAGAAGCUGAAGCAGCUGAACUGCGUGGAGAUCUCUGCCCUCAAUGGCAACCACAUCAACGUCCCCAUGGUACGAAAGAGGAGCGUUUCCAACUCCACGCAGACCAGCAGUAGCAGCAGCCAGUCUGAGACCAGCAGCGUGGUCAGCACGCCCAGCCCUGUCACCAGGACCCGGAGCCUCAGCACCUGCAACAAGCGGGUGGGCAUGUAUUUAGAGGGCUUUGAUCCUUUCAAUCAGUCGACGUUUAACAACGUGAUGGAACAGAACUUUAAAAACCGUGAGAGCUACCCAGAGGACACAGUGUUCUACAUCCCUGAAGAUCACAAGCCCGGCACCUUCCCCAAGGCCCUCUCCAAUGGCAGUUUCUCCCCCUCAGGGACAAACAGCUCUGUGAACUGGAGGACUGGAAGCUUCCAUGGCCCCGGCCACAUCAGCCUACGGAGAGAAAACAGCAGCGACAGCCCUAAGGAACUGAAGAGACGCAAUUCCUCGAGCUCCCUGAGCAGCCGCCUGAGCAUCUACGAUAACGUGCCGGGCUCCAUUCUCUAUUCCAGUUCAGGUGACCUUGUUGACCUGGAGCAGGAGGACAUCUUCCCUGAGCUGGAUGACAUCCUCUACCACGUGAAGGGGAUGCAGCGGAUAGUCAACCAGUGGUCAGAGAAGUUCUCAGAUGAGGGAGACUCUGACUCGGCCCUGGACUCAGUCUCUCCUUGCCCGUCCUCUCCAAAACAGAUACACCUGGACGUGGACCACGAUCGGACCACCCCCAGUGACCUGGACAGCACAGGAAACUCCCUGAAUGAACCCGAAGAGCCCUCCGACAUCCCGGAACGCAGGGAUUCCGGGGUUGGGGCUUCCCUGACCAGGUCCAACAGACACAGACUGAGGUGGCACAGUUUCCAGAGCUCUCAUCGGCCAAGUUUAAACUCUGUAUCGCUGCAGAUUAACUGCCAGUCUGUGGCGCAGAUGAAUCUGCUGCAGAAAUACUCGCUCCUGAAGUUAACGGCCCUGCUGGAGAAGUACACGCCUUCUAACAAGCAUGGUUUCAGCUGGGCUGUGCCCAAGUUCAUGAAAAGGAUCAAGGUUCCAGACUACAAGGACCGGAAUGUGUUCGGGGUCCCUCUGACGGUCAAUGUGCAGCGCACAGGACAGCCCCUGCCCCAGAGCAUUCAGCAGGCCAUGCGCUACCUCCGCAACCAUUGUUUAGAUCAGGUUGGGCUCUUCAGAAAAUCAGGUGUCAAAUCCCGGAUUCAGGCUCUGCGCCAGAUGAAUGAAAGUGCCAUCGACUGUGUCAGCUAUGAAGGACAGUCUGCCUAUGACGUGGCAGACAUGUUGAAGCAGUAUUUUCGAGAUCUUCCUGAGCCACUCAUGACGAACAAACUCUCAGAAACCUUUCUGCAGAUCUACCAGUAUGUACCCAAGGACCAGCGCCUCCAGGCCAUCAAGGCCGCCGUUAUGCUCCUGCCUGAUGAGAACCGCGAGGUCCUACAGACUCUUCUUUAUUUCUUGAGCGAUGUCACAGCAGCUGUAAAAGAAAACCAGAUGACUCCCACCAACCUGGCCGUGUGCUUAGCACCUUCCCUCUUCCACCUCAACACCCUGAAGAGAGAGAAUUCUUCUCCAAGGGUGAUGCAAAGAAAACAAAGUUUGGGCAAACCAGAUCAGAAAGAUUUGAAUGAAAACCUAGCUGCCACUCAAGGGCUGGCCCAUAUGAUUGCUGAGUGCAAGAAGCUUUUCCAGGUUCCUGAGGAAAUGAGCCGAUGUCGUAAUUCCUAUACCGAGCAAGAGCUGAAGCCCCUCACUCUGGAGGCGUUGGGACGUCUAAGUAAUGACGAGUCAGCUGACUACCAGCACUUCCUGCAGGACUGUGUGGACGGCCUGUUUAUAGAGGUCAAAGACAAGUUUAAAGGCUGGGUCAGCUACUCCACUUCUGAGCAGGCCGAGCUGUCCUAUAAGAAGGUGAGUGAAGGACCCCCUCUGAGGCUCUGGAGGUCAACCAUCGAAGUCCCUGCCAUGCCUGAGGAAAUCUUAAAGCGUCUCCUGAAAGAGCAGCACCUCUGGGAUGUAGACCUGUUGGAAUCAAAAGUGAUUGAAAUCCUGGACAGCCAAACUGAGAUUUACCAGUAUGUCCAGAACAGUAUGGCACCUCACCCUGCUCGGGACUACGUUGUUUUGAGAACAUGGAGGACCAACUUACCCAAGGGGGCGUGCGCCCUUCUGCUCACCUCCGUGGACCACGACCGGGCACCGGUGGCAGGUGUGAGGGUGAACGUGCUCUUGUCCAGGUAUUUGAUCGAACCCUGCGGGCCAGGAAAAUCCAAACUCACCUACAUGUGCAGAGCUGACUUACGGGGCCACAUGCCAGAGUGGUACACAAAGUCUUUUGGACAUUUGUGUGCAGCUGAAGUUGUAAAGAUCCGAGAUUCCUUCAGUAAUCAGAACGCUGAAACCAAAGACACCAGGUCUAGGUGAUUACUGAAGCAAAGCGACUGUGGUCACCACCUCGGUGUUUGUUUCUAGGACCUUGCCAGUCCUUGGAAGAAUGGGUUCUGUGUCUGAUUCCAAAACAAAACUACAAGGUGGAGUAUAGGAAUUGAUGAUAGCGAUUUGAUACAUUUCUAAAGCUGCUUCCUGUUUGUUUAAGGUCUGUGUUAUAGACCUUGACUGGAAUAUAUGACUGUGCAAAAAAAAUGUUUGUAUUCUUAUUCGGGUUGCUUCUGGGAAGCAAAACUUUAAAUACAUUAUGGAAGAUAAAGAAGAUACUUUAUUCUCUUGUGAUAUUGGUGUAUGUGUACCUAUGUCAUUUUAUUUGCAGUGUGUUGAGGGACUGGUGUAUCCACUGGAAUAGUUGGUACUCGUUUUCUCACUGAGAUGAGCAAAGAAAGGUUUGCACAGAGGAGAGUGAAUGUGUGUUUGUUGCUGGCUGAAUGGCCUCGAGGUGUAAGUUGGAAUGCAGUGUCUGGCACACUGAGAUGCCUCCAAGAAGGAUAUUGAUGCAUCAGGUUCAGUUUAACCUGGAAUAUCUGACUACCCGUGGAUCUAUCCAGAAAGGGAACCCAACACCCUUGUCCACUUAUUGGAUUUUUUUCCAACUUACUAACCAUCUUCCUUCUCCACCAGUCUCUUCUUUACUUUACAAGUAAUUGUAGUAGAUUUACUCCAAUACCCGUUUCAAAUGCAGUUUGUUUUUAGACCUGACUGCAAAUAGUGAUGUAGUUUUCACCAGUAUAGAUUAAUUCGGGGCUGAAUUCCCUCUCCCCCAGCCUUACAGGCUCCGAUGCACAGGUUUGUUUAUUCUUUUGUAAGUUGAGAUGUGAAAACUGAACACUCUAAUAUUUACUCCUGACUCAAACAUCGAAAUAUUUUGCCUGCUAGAAUUCUUUGAGUUUUCAUUUUUAUAACCAAAAUUCUUUGUGACACUAUGUAUGGAAGCAUAGGAAAUUAUAUAUGUCCCAAAGAAAUCCCUGGAAAUUUAACUCAACCACAAAAGCUUCUUUUUUUUUGGUGGUGGUGGUGGUUGUUAGCAUUCCUGAAAGCUGCACAUGUUUAUUAAUUGGGUUUUUGCUUAUCAGCAAAAAUAUUUUCUGGUUUUAUGGUUUGUUUUGUUUUUUCCUACAUUUCUUUUUCUUUUCCUUUCUAAUGCCCUUGAGAUAUAUUUUGGUGGUAAUGGAAAAUAGUAAUCAUAGUAAAAGCCAAAAAAAAACCCCAGAGCAGUUGUUCAAAAGGGUGGUCUUUAUACAGGUUUUACUGUAAUGGUAAAGAUUGACUCAAGAGACCGUAUUAGUAAAUUUAUUUUGUAUAGAUCAAAAGUAUGUAUGAAUGAGAGUUGUAAGAAGGAUUUUUAUUUUGUUACAAUUUAGUUACCAUUGUCAGUGUUAUUCCAAAGGCUUUUUGAAGAAUUCGGGGGUAGGGGGUGUCAGAUUAGAGUUUUAAAAAUUGAGUAUUUUGGAUAUCAGUGUUCCUCAUGAAGAUAUACUGUAUAUUCAAUUUUGAUGGUUUUCAGAUUUGUAAGAUUGUAUGUUGUAUAUACCAUUCUAUUAAAAAACAUGUAUACAUGUCCACUGUGCUUUCAAACAUAGAUAAAGCAUGAUAAAGAUUAUUAUUUAAAAUAUACGUGUAUUUAUACCUCAGAUAUUCUUUUGGGUUUUGUACCUCAAGGCAUUUCCCCCCCCCCCCAUUGUAAAUACACUUUACGUGAACACAGUAUAAG